AUGUCGAUGAAUCCCAAUCAAUCCCUUUCACACUAUCUUGUUACUUAUUAUAGGAUGAAUCUGAUUCACUUCUUGAACCACCACCGAUACCGGCAACAUCGCUUACUUACUUCUAUGACACCACCACCGAUACCGGUUAGGAGAGCAUCUUUUUUGCCUACUUCUCUUACUGACGUGGAAUUUGGCCUUCAAAGAGAUGGUUCAAUAGCAGCAGCACCAGUCAUGAACCCAAGAGCUCCAAAUCGUAUUCUUAGUGAAGCAGCGGCAAGAGCCAGAGCUUCUAUGUACUCAAUGGCUGAUUCAAUUGUGACGAGGCCUGCGAAUCCUUAUCUUGAUAUGAGAUUACCUGCUAUUCCUAACAAGGGCGACGAAUAA